AUGCACAGACGUGGGUUCUCGGGUGAUAUGCGUGGCAAACAGCAUGCAGAGCAGCAGUUGAUACGUCCCAGUCUGCUCGAAGCUCUGCAUGAUCCGCGUCAAGCUCUACUGGUUUCCACGCUCCCGCACUGCUGUACUCUUGCCAUCGUGGCAAAACAAGCACCAGCUCAAGCAGUGGCAAAAAACGAGGAACCAAAGGGGGUCACAGCUCCAUCAGUCGAGUAA